AUGGAGGAGCCCAACGACACCUCCAAGUCUGAGGCCUUGGCCCGAAGCGAUGCUGUUCAUGCCGACGACGAAUUUCCAGAAAACCAACCUGCCGAUCAUUUUCCCAAAUUCGGGGAACUCCCAACAGAACUCCGCCUUCUCAUCUGGGAGCAGGCAUUCCUGGAAGAGAACUUCCGCUUCCGACGCCCCUUCCCCCUCGGCUCCGUCCAGAGAUUCCGGUUCGACCUGAGGCGGGACCCGAACAGGGUGAAGCCCGGCCGCGACGGGUCCCGCAGCGGGUGGGUCGCCUGCUUCACGCCGCUCAGCAUCAACACGCGGCCCUACUACAAGUUCCUGCGCGCCAGCUCCGAGACCCGCAAGUGGAUGGCGCGCCUGCUCGGCAUGUCGGUGCUGACCGUCCACGAGCUGGAAUACGACGCCGAGGGCCAGCCCGUUGGGUCCCCCCGCAAGCGCCACAUGCCGUACAGCUUCGACAGGGACGUCUUCUGCGUGGAGGCCAUCUCGCACGGGGUCGACCUGGCCCUGCGCCACACCAAGGGCGCAGACGGAAAACAACACCGCCUGGCCGAGUACCUCGACGACGCGCUCGGGCUGCGCUUCGCGCCGCGGAUCAAGCGCCUCGCCAUCAUCCCUCAUCACUUGGACAUGACCUCCUUCCGCCAUCAUUUUUUUGGGCACAGGAAGAGCCGCAGGAUGGGCGACAUGGUCGCGCUGGCCAAGCGGUUCCCCUCGCUGGUGACGCUCCGGUCCGCCAUCCCGCAGUUCGACCGGGGGGAGGUCGUCUUCGGCCUUGAUAAGCACCGUGAGAAGUUUCCCCGUCCCCCUAAAGAUGGCUAUUUCCAGUGGGUGGGCGCCAGCCUUCGUGGGCGUGGUCAGGGCGGGCCGACCAGGAUGUCCGAGGAGGACCGGCAUGAACUGCCUAUCGGAGAAUAUUUCUUCGGCCCUCCUACCAUCAUGGUCAUCGCGUAA